AUGUUUGAUGACUCGCCGCCCAUCGUGGAUCCACUCAACGCAUCGCAAUCCCCUGUCAAGUCCAAGGAUGGAGGUUAUUUUCAAUGCGGCUUCUGUAAACGCCACUAUAAUCGAGCUGACCACCUAAUCCGCCAUGUCCGAUCCCAUACUCGAGAGAAACCAUACGUCUGUGAUGUUUGCGACAAGGGGUUUGCGCGACCUGACCUGUUGAAGCGACAUGCGACGGGUCAUGCACAUGACCGAGAUCGAAAGCGCAAGAGAAGUUCUUCGGUCGCAAAGCAAAGUCGUGUCUCCCAGGCCUGUAAAGCGUGUGCCUCGUCCAAGCUCAAGUGUGACGAGGAGAAGCCUUGUCGACGGUGUCGGGAGCGAAGUCUGCACUGCGAUUGGCAGGAUGUCGUGCAAGAGUCGUCUCCUGAACCUCAACAGCAGAGCUCAACGGAAAAUUCACAUCCGAUCAUCCCCGGUCAACCAUUGGACCUGGCUGCCUCAGUGGCAUUCUCCCCUAUGCCAACUCCUAUGGAUGACUUUUCAGCAGGCUCCAGGAGUGGUGGUAUACUCAUGACUCCUCACGCACCUCCCCCGGAACCACCGGUAAUCUCGCCGGAAGUCCUCCAAGCGGGUGAGCAAAUGCCAAUGGAGUAUGGAGUAUCACCCACCGACCAGGAAAGUGGUAUUUUCAGUGUUGACGGCACUUUUUUUCCGAAUUUCAUCCCCGACUCCUUGAUCUCUUCAUUAAGCCGAUAUAAUGACCCGUUCGAACCAUCCAAUUUGAUCCCCGAGUUUACACAUUACGGAGCAUUGGAGAUCCCCGCUCUGGAUUUUAACCUAACGGAUGGUGAUUUUGGAUUGAUCGAUAUGUACAAUUCCCGCAGCUUCAUCCCGGGAGCCCAUGAGCCCGAGCCGCAAGAUCGAUUUGAUGCAGACAGUGGAAUCGGGAUUGGUGCGGAGGCUUACCACCGGUCAUCUCUGUCCCAAUGGAAGCCUGCUCAAAAGGACCACGCAUUCGAUGACCACGAGAACCUGUCUGUUCCACAAACAAUCGACAGUCCCGAAGCAAGUGCUACGCCCGAUCGGCAAAUACUUUGUGAACGGCUGUCUUCCAGCAGCCGUGACCUUAUUUUUGGACUGGUGUUGGAGAUCAGCCGAGAAGCCAAUUUGAGUCGAAUUAUGAAGUCCUUCCCCAGCACCGAACUGCUGGACGGGCUCAUUCAGCAAUAUUUCGAACUCCAGUCGCAUAGUGUUGACUCUUUCAUCCACGGGCCAACUUUCCGACCAAACAGCGAACAUGCUAGUGUUCUCGCCGCUCUAGCCGCUGCAUCAGCCGUUCGCUCUCCUGUCCCCACCAUCAGAAAGCUUGGAUAUGCUCUGCUUGAAAUUGUUCGAUUAUACAUGCCCAUCAAAUAUGAAAACGACAACAGUACCACUCGUGACCUACGUACAUCACAAACUUAUGCGUUGAAUAUUGAUAUCGGAAUAUGGAGUGGAAAUCGACGAAAGACAGAGAUUGCUGAGAGUUUCUCUCAGCCAUUGGUGACUAUGCUUCGACGAGCUCUUCGAUUCCGCCGUUCCGUCUACACGAAUAUCGUUCCCCUUGCGGACGAUACGGGAGAAGUCUUAGAGCGCAAAUGGCAUGACUGGAUCGAACAGGAAUCGUUCAAAAGGCUCGUUUACCACCUCUUCCUUCACGAUUCUCAAAGCUCGGUCACACUCAACAUCAACCCUUUAAUCUCCUACGCCGACUUGGAACUUCCAUUACCGGCAGCACGUCCCCUAUGGGAAGCCAAGACUGCCACCGAAUGGAAAGAGCUCUUCUGUGUCAUCACGCCCGAGCGAAUGCCCUCUCUUGCUGAUCUCCUUCGCGACAUGUCUCAGCUUUCGACGUUUCAAGAUCGCAUCGACACGCAAUUAUCCGCCUUUGUUCUUCUCCACGGUCUAUCAUCCUUGAUCAACGAGUACCACCGGCUGAAGUUUAUCUCAACUAGCAACUCGAAACAUUGGCAUGCCCUUGUGACAAAUUCCCGUCAACAAGAGCUCGAUCAGGCUCUCCAGCAUUUCCGUAUGGUCUGCUCGGAGCUAAGAGUGCAGUGUCGACCCGAAAUUGUGUUGGUCUGCGAGGUGGUCUCUAUGCUUCUUCACAUGUCCCUGGAGGAACUACAGCUUUUCGCUGGCAAGGAAGAUAAACAAGAAGCGCGUCGGGUCUACCACUCUGCUCUUGAAUGGAUCACCAGUCCCGAUUCUCGCCGAGCUGUAUGGCACGCAGGUCAAACGAUCCGUGCGGCCCGGAGAAUGGCCCCGAACUCGUUGACUGGGUUCCUGGCCAUCGGGGUAUAUUACGCCGGGCUGGCCCUUUGGUCCUACGCCGUAGUCUCCAAAGCUAAAAACACUAGCCUGACUGGAAGCCCCGCCUCUUCAAUUGCUAGCCAGGGACCUACUGUGUUCCUAGACGCGGAAGAAAUGCCGGAAGUCACGAAAUUCGUCACCCUGAGCUGUGGCGUUCCUGCAAUACAGGGGCCUGGCGGGCCAAUUGCUCUGGCGGAUACGAGCACUACCAUGCAGAUGGUGCAGCGAGUGCUCCGACCAGACCCGUCAGAGCGUACGCCACCUUUGGUUCAAAGUCUUGCCCAGUUGAUUGGGGAUCUGGGGCAUUGUGUACCCGCGGGCGGAGUGUAAAUCACAUUUUCCUGGUUGUUUUUGC